UGACUCCCUCAACUCUCGCUUUUAGUUCUCCUUUAUUUCCAACGUUACAGUGACGCGGCCGGUCACGUGCGACUGACGUCAGGGGAGGCGGAGUCGCCACUAGGAACUGGCAGCAGCAGCUCUGGAGUCAGACGUUAUUAUCUGCGCUGCGGGACUUUUAAACAGCGACCCGGGACUGGAUUAGGAAGAUCGGGAGUGCGGGGCGGGAUGCGGUGGUGCCGGACUCUGCUGUGGGCUUUGUGCGCUUCUUUUCUGCAGCCGAGCCGGCCCGAGAGCCCCACGGAAAGUACCGAGGAGGAUCGUAUGCUGAGCGAAUUCUGUCGGAUAGACAAGCUCCUGUGCCACAAUGAGGAUGAGCUGCUGAGCUUCGGGGCGGUGAGGAGUAUUCACAAACAGAUGGACGAUGAUGCCAACGGCAGUGUAGAUGUUGAGGAGAGCGACGAGUUUCUCAGGGAAGAUCUGAAUUACCACGACCCCACGGCCAAGCACAACACCUUCCAUGGAGAGGACAAGCUGAUCAGUGUGGAGGAUCUUUGGAACUCCUGGAAAUCCUCAGAAGUCUAUAACUGGACGGUGGAUGAAGUUGCCCAGUGGUUGAUCACAUAUGUGGAGCUGCCCCAGUAUGAAGAGACAUUCCGGAAGCUGCAGCUCAGUGGCAGAGACAUGCCCAGGUUGGCAAUCACCAACGCCACCAUGACGGGCUCCCUCCUGAAAAUGGCCGACCGCAGUCAGAGGCAGAAGCUUCAGCUCAAGGCGUUGGACACGGUGCUGUUUGGGCCUCCUCUGUUGACUCGUCACAAUCAUCUCAAGGACUUCAUGUUGGUCGUGUCGAUCAUUAUGGGGGUGGGGGGGUGCUGGUUUGCCUACAUUCAGAACCGCUACUCCAAGGAGCACAUGAAGAAGAUGAUGAAGGACCUGGAGGGUUUGCACCGCGCUGAGCUGAGUCUCCAUGACUUGCAGGAGAGGCUGCAGAAGGCCCAAGAGGAGCAUCACACGGUGGAGGUGGAGAAAGUUCACCUGGAGAAGAAGCUGCAGAAUGAGAUCAGUCUGGCGAAACAGGAGGCUCAUAGGCUGCGAGAGCUCAGGGAGGGGACGGAGAAUGAGCUGAGUCGCCAGAAAUACGCCGAGCAGGAGCUGGAGCAGGUGAGAAUGGCCCUAAAGAAUGCCGAGAAGGAGCUGGAGUCUCACAGUAACUGGUCGGCCCCGGAGGCCCUGCAGAAAUGGCUCCAGUUGACCCACGAGGUGGAGGUUCAGUAUUACAAUAUCAAGAAGCAGAAUGCAGAGAAGCUGCUGACGUUGGCCAAGGAAGGGGCAGAAAAAAUCAAAAAGAAGAGAAAUACGUUAUUUGGGACAUUUCACGUGGCUCAUAGCUCCUCCCUCGAUGAUGUGGAUCAUAAAAUCCUCACGGCAAAACAGGCACUCGGUGAAGUGACCGCCGCUCUCCGUGAGCGUUUGCAUCGCUGGCAGCAAAUCGAGACCCUCUGUGGCUUCCAGAUUGUCAAUAACCCCGGGCUCCAUGCACUAAUGACUGCUCUGAAUAUAGACCCCAGCCUUAUGGGGGUGUCUCGCCCUGCACCCACACAUUUCAUUAUGUCGGAUGACCUUGAUGAUUUGGAUGAAGAUAUUAUAUCCCCCAUCUCUAAGCAAUCCCCCAACCUGAGCCUUCGUCAGCGGCACGUGGACCCCCAGCUUUCACUCGGACCCCAGAGGUUGGUAGAAGAAUAUCUGGUGAGCCAGAGGGAGGCCCCCCCACAGCUCCAUUACCGUCCCAGCAAGGCUGCCGAGGAGUCAGACAAGAAGUUGUCCAAGAUGGAAGUCCUAAUGGACCUGAGUCACUCAGAUUCUGAAUCGUCCAUCCUUUACAUGAUUGAGCAAAGAGUUGGUGGGCACAGUUCCAAAAUCCUCGGCUCCAAAGCCUUGCCCAGAACCUUGGAAGAGGUGCCAUCUGGCAGUCAGACGCCCAACGGAGGCAACCGUCACUUGGAACUGGUAAACAUAGGUGCCGGCCAGGAGAGUGUGCCUGCAAGCCCACAGAUCAGCAAUAAGUUGUCGGAAAAGUCCCCCAGCUUGGGCGAGAUCAGCACAGCCGGUACCAUACAGUCCCAAUCGGACUCUUCAAGAUCCCACAGCCCAAGUUCCACAGAAGCCGAGACGCCGUCUCCAGGGACGGAAUCGAAGCACAACAAUUCCAAGGGCACCCGCAUCCCACAGCUGGCGGGAAAGAAGGCCGUGGCUGAAGAUGACAGCGGAUCCACAGGAGAGGACACUGACUCGGUCACGAGCAAGAAGAAGUUGACACUGAAAAUCUUUAAGAAGCCAAAGAAGUAAGGACUGGACUGUUGUUCCCAGAGGAGCAAAGGAACACACGGGGGUUAUGGGAAUUAUCACUGUUACCCCCUCGUCCUGUGAUUCGAUGGUGCACAGCCAUACUGGGAAGAGUGUGGAGAGUAGGACCUCAUUGCUCUCCCACCUCCAGAACACACGGUUUUGUGGUAUUGACACAAAGAUGGGGGGUCUAGACUGAUCAUCCUCUUGUUGGUUUGGGGACUGUUGGGGCGGAAUCUGCUUUGCCUCUCCCCCAUAUAGUGGGUGUCCUUGCUUUACUAUGCAUGGUUUUGGGAAGUCUCCUUCCUUAGCCAACCAACCAGCACCUGAACGAGGGCAUUGUUUUAUUUCUAUUGGGAAUGGGAAGAGGCUGUUCAGGACAACUGGUUUAAGUCUGAGGUGAUACGUGUGCAACUUUUUGUCUUUUUUUUCAUCUUUGUUUUAUGUUUCUUGUUUUUUUUCUCUUCUUUGCUACUUAUGGGCAUGCAGAUAAAAUAAGGAAAAUGAAAUAAAAAAAAAUAAAAUCCUUUGAA